UUUACCCGGACGAAAAAAGCUUGACACAGACGGAUAAGGCCAUCUCCAUGGAAACUGCGAAACAAUCACAAAGCAAGCUUAAGAUGUCGGCGGAGAGGAGGUCGUCCAGCGGCAGUACCCUGUGCAGCGUGUCGUCUGGCCGAAGCAGCCGGGCCCGAUCUUCCCUCAGGUCCAGUCUGGAGGAGGCCCUGGUCCGCGAGUACAACGAGCGCUUCGGCGCCGCCGCCGGUUCCUCGCCCUCCGCCGCCCGCCUCCCCAGGAAAUACGUCUCCCCCUAUGCAAGCAAGGGCUCCAGGAACGGUGGGACCAAAAGGCGUUCGGCUCCCGUGACCCCUGACCCCAGCCCACCUUCCCCAGCGUCAACAAGGAACGGGUCGAGAAGGAGACCCCACAGCAGCCCCUCCCCUCAGCUCCGGAAGUCCCGCCCCCCUUCCCGGGCGACCCCCCCGGUGUACGAGCGCCAGCCGACGGUCAUCAGAGUGACGGCCCACAGGAACGGCUGCGGACAAGCCUCCGCCAAAAUCGCCGCCCCCAGCUUCACAGUGCUGCUGGAGGAGUGCACGUCCAAGCUCAAGAUGGCCUCCGCCGCCCGCCGCCUCUUCCUGGAGGACGGCAGCGAGGCGUUCCGGGGCGAGGACAUCCCGAAAGACGCCCACGUGUACGCCUCCGGCGGGGAGGCGUUCCUGGACCCGCGGGCGGAGAUAAGGGCCCAUCUGUCAUUGAGCAAGGAGGCGAGCUGGACCGUGAACGGCGUGGUGCUCCCCGCCAGCCCCGGGCGGGGCCGCACCCGGCCCGCCCUCUCCCACCGGCUGCGGGGGCUCAGCCGGGCCGCGCCCGCCCUCCGGGUCCUGGCGUUCCGGAACGGUGCCGGGAGCGAGGGCUGCGAAGUGGCCGCCGCCGGCCCGGUGGAACAGUUCCUGGACCUGUGCACGCUGAAGUUACAGCUCACCUCGACGGCCCAGCUGCUGUACGACUGGGAGGGAAAUCGAGUGCAGGACAUCGGCCUCGUUCCCCUGCUGGACGGCUGCCUGCAGGGCUCGGCCACGCCCCUGAGGGGGCCGGUGUGGGUGUCCCGGGGCGAGUGGUUCAGCCCGGCCGGGGCCAAGGUCUACAUCCAAGGAGCCCUGCGCGCCCUGCGCGGGAAGCUGAGGCCCGCGGCGGAGUACCUGGCGCAGGUGAACUUCGCUCUUGAAAACAGCCGUGAGAAAGUCUGGAAGAAGGAGAUUCUCUCCAUGACGGUGAAGGAGCUUUAUGAGGCCAGGGAAAAGGCGCGGAGGCAGGUGGAGGAGCUGAGGGCCUCCCUCCGGAAGCACCGGGCCCAGCUCGCCGCCCUGGGCCCUCUGAUUCGGGCCGAGGAGGAGCGCCCCGGCGGGUACGUGUCCCAGCACGUGCGCCCCCUGCACGGCGGACCCCCCCUCCCGCAGGGCCUGCAGCUCAAGGUGUACGAGAUCGGCCGCGCCUCGGGGGAGACCCUGGUGUUCGUCAACAUGGCGGAGGUGGACAAAGGCUGCAGGGAGGACGCCGAGCUGAGCAUGGAGAGGCUCCUGCAGGUGAUCCAUCAGAGGCUGCAGGCGCGCGGGACAGGGGGCCCCUGCGGGCCCCGCUCCGUCCCCACGCGCCUGUUCGACGAGCGGGGCGAGGCCGUGAGCAGCCCCGCGCACCUCCGAAACGAGCAGGCCGUCUGGGUGUCGUACGGGGAGGACUACCGGCCCCCCCGUCAGGCAGUCCUGGCCCUGGCUUUUGAAAGAGCCGUAGCGGCGGGGGAGGAGGAUUACAGGGACAUCUUCCGAGCCCCCCUGGACCCGGACGCGGAAUUACCAGCCGGAUUCAGGAAAUGGGAGGCGUGGGAGGGAUUCCCGCCGAACUGCGUCCCCGACCCUCCCGGGAGCACUCGUCUGGCCGACAGAGCGGACCCGCGCGCCCACUUCAUCCAGCUGAAGGCUGAUCCGCAGGUGGUUCUGGUUCCUUCAGCCGAAGUGGUGUACCGGACCGGACCGGCCGGGUCCAAACUGGCGGGCGGUAAAGGGCCGGGGGCGGAGUGGCCGCUGUCACACGUGUGGGUCGUCACCAAGGCGGGGUGGAUCCUAAGCCGCGUCUUGCCGCAGCUCUGCCUGGCCGUCUCCUCGCAGCCAAUCACGCUGACGGACGGGGACGGCACGCCCGCAGAGGCCUUCCCGCUAAACGUGCAGAAGAGGGUCAGAGGUUGCCCGGACCAGGAGUGGAGCUUCGGAAAAGAUGGCUGCAUCUUCCCAAGGGCUCGCCCCGAGUUUGUCCUGACCUUCCUGAACGUUCCGCGCGGGGCGACCCACGACAGCCAGGGGGCGCGGGAGGCAGGGAGGCAGAAGAGAGACGCCCAGGCGGAGCGUCCGGGACACGGCGUCAGCGACAGCGCCGAAAACGGAGCGUGGCGUCCGGCGGACCCCCCGGCGCCGGCGGGGGCCCUCGGGGAGGGAGCCCAGCCGACGGUGGCCCUGCUGAGGAGACGCGGGGACAAACACCCCCGGGCCUCCGCUCAGAGGUGGGCUAUCAGGCAGGAGGGGGUGGGGAGGUGCGGUCAGUGGAAACACUCCAAGGUGGAGAACCCGCUGUGGAACAAGCUGACCUACAUGUGGCCCACACUGCCGGACGGGGAACUCAACCAGGACCUGGCCUGGCCUCUAGAGGGCGCGCUGGUUGCUUGUGCCCCGCCUCUGACUGACUCGAGCAGGAGGCCCCUGGACCGUGUGCCCAUGCGACUGCGGGUGCUGAGGAACGGGCAGCAGGGCGGGGGCGCCCAGGCCGUGACCGUGACCGCGCCCGACACCGCCAACAUGCUCAAAACACGGAGGAAGUCACAACCCCGCCCCCGCGGUCCCAGAGCGGAGACGGACCGGGGGAACACGGCACAGGACGACGACCGCGCCACAAAAAUCCACAAGCUGCAGUUCCAGCAGUUUCUCGAGAGGUGCACAGGGGCCCUGGGCCUGCCCCGCGCGGCCCGGCGGCUGUUCGACCAAGACGGCCAGGAAGUCUCCCUCCUCACCGGCCUGCAGAGGGACCAGCUGGUAUACACGUCAUGCGGGGAGCAGUGGGCGGACCCCCGGCUCCACCAGGCCGACAGGAAGAGGCGUGUCCUGCUGAGCGGCCUGGAACAGGACGCGGCUCUGGUGCGACACUACUGCGCCACGCGCCACCACCAGGAUCUGGUUCUCGAGGCUGUGGGCGAGCUGACAGACGGGGCCCAGCUCACCGUGUCAGAAUGCUGCGUAUUGCCAGGGGAAACGAGUAAGGAAUCGUCCAAUCAGGAGCCAACCAAUCAGGACACCGAUGAGAACACAGAUGAAGAUCUCCUCAACAUGCUGAAAGAGGACUCUCAUUCUAGAGCCCACCGCAAGUUGGACGAGAAGCACCAGCCUUUCAGAUACCCAUGGCAAGAGAAUUUGGAACUUUUUGAAGACGGUGGCAUUCAGAACGAUAAAGAGGAGAGCUCCACCAAAAUGCUGGUGCAGAAGCGGAGGAGAGUCACGCAGGCCCAGCUUCAGCAGUUUGAGUUCAGGGAGGGGCAGAUUGUGAGCUGCCAGAGUCCCGGGCUGGCCCUGGGGGUGAGGUCAACGGAGGGGGCGCGGGCCGGGAUGACCCUACAACUGCUGACCCGAAACCCAGACGACACCAACCAGCGCUGGAUACUGAGAGACGAGGACCAGACUCUUCGUCUGCUGGCUAACCCUGGCCUGGUGCUCGCAGUGUCCGUGUCAAAAAUCACCCAUGGACACACCGGCGCUCCCAUCCCCAUUCCUGGCUGCCCUGUCAUACUCCAGAAGCACAAGCCGUACAGCCAUGGAGCAGCCAAUCAGAGGUGGGGCUGGCUGCCGGAGGUCCCGGUGCUGAGCGCCUUCUUCACCUCGGAGCUGGACCAGGCGGUGACCGCGGCCCUCAGAGCCUGUCUGUGCACCGCCUGCGUGACCCCAGAACCGCUGCACCAGCAGGGCUACUUCCUGCUCAGCUCGGGUGGGACGAGGAGAGUGGAGGUGUGCUCCACCUGCGCCAAAAUCCUGAGGGGAAAGCACGUCCUGCAGGAGCUCCCCCCCGACUCCGUCUUCUGCUGCUCCACCGCGCGGCGGGACGCUGCCCUCAACCCCCACGGGCCGUUUAAGAUCCUCACCGUCUGCAAGACGGACCUCGGCGACGCGUCUGCGGCGGAGGGCGUCCUGCGCCGUCUGGAGGAGCGCCUGGAGUCUUUGAGGGCCGAGACGCACCCCCGCGGGACCGCCCCCCCGGCCCCCGGCCCCGCCCCCGCCCGCGCGCAGCCGGCCGCCAGGAUCCUGGCCCACAGGAACGGGUGGGGGCUGAGGGGGGGCCAGCUGAUCACCGCGGCGACAGUACCCCUGAUGCUGUCUCAGUGUACCCUCAAACUGCAGCUGUCCCGGGCCGCCACACGCCUCCACACCGCAGACGGGACGCAGAUCCUCUCCGUCCCGCAGCUCAAAGCCUGGGCCAUCAACGAGUGCCUGCAGGAGCACUGCGCAGCCGCAGACACGACUGCGCAGCCCGCAGAACCCCCGCACGCAGACCCGCCACGCACAGACCCCCUGCACCCCCCAGACGCAGACUCGAGAGGUCGUCCGGGUUACGAGCCCCUCCCCCAGGUGACCGCGGAGGACCUGGACGCCGUGGACGAGGACCUGCAGGCGCUCAUCCUGAGGAGCCCCGUCGACGUCUGGGUGUCCUGUGGGGAGCCCUUCAUCCCUGUGGAGGUAGUGCAGAGGAGACAGGGGCAGCGGUGGAGGAGCUGGCUGCAGAAGGAGAAACUGCUGGCUGAGCUGCUGAUGAAGAAACACAAGAUGAGGCACCUGCAAGGCCGGCGGAUCGCCGGGCAGAGUCUGGCCAGGAUGGUGCCCACCCUGAGCCCGGCCCAGCCCGUGGUGGUGGAGGGGGGCUGGACACAGGCCAGUCUGGAGGAGCUGGAGCUGAAGGAGGACCUGCAGAACAUGGAGACGCACCUCGCAGCGGUGGAGGCGUCGCGGGCGAAGAACCGCGCGCCCGUCCCCAGCAGGCAGUCCAGGGGCCUGCAGGAUCUGUACAACCAGCCCGACGUCAAACGGGUGCUGGCGUACCGAAACGGGGACCCCAAGCGGGCGGCGUACGUCUGGGGGCGGAGCAUCGAAGAGCUCCUGAGUAACAGCGGCUCCAGACUGGGGCUGUCCCAGCCGGCGGCGUGCCUCUACGGGGCCGACGGGGGCCCGCUCCGCUCGUGGGCCGAGGUCCAGCGGGACAUGCUGGUGUGCGUGUCGGCGGGAGGCCCCUUCCUCACCGCGGAAGACUGCAGGGAGAAGAUCGAGGUGAGGGCGAGGUACGCUCGAGCAAAGAAGAACUGCGGUCCGGACGGCAUCCUGCUGGAGAUGGAGACCCAGAAGGGUCCCGCGGUCAGUAUAACCGUAGGUGUGAACGGUAGUGAUCCUGUGGGGUACGUAUAA